AUGGCUAGCCAGCCGCUGCCGACGGGCCUCUCCCCGGACGCAGUCGACACCCUCAGCGAGCUCACAUGGUUGCUCACCCGCCUGCGAAACUCCCAACGGCAAACAUCCGCCUCCACCACUGCACCCACAGCCGGCAACACAACAACAACAACAACAGGUCCCGGCAUCCCUCCCACAGCCGCACCAACCGCCACAGCCAUUUCAACCCCGACCCCAACAUCAGGUCCGGUUCCCCCAGGCGUAACCGGCACCACCCCUCUCCCCACCACCACCGCCACCAGCACACAACCGCAACAACAACCACAACCCCACCUUCCACCCCAGCAACAGCAACAACAGCAGCCCCCCGCCGCCCCCUCGCCCGCGCCGGCGCCGCCAGUGACGCCCAAGGACGUGGCCGUGGCGGCAGACCGGAUCAAGCACAAGCUGCAGCGGGCGCGGGCGGCGCUGGCGGGGGCGGGGGACGCGCGGCGCGGGGUGGGCGCGCAGGCUAGCGAGCUGCGGGCGCUGGCGGCGCGGCGGGCGGCGCAGGCGGGGAUGCUGGCGCGGGCGCAGGCGGAGGGGCUCGUUUUCGUCAGCGGGGGGUCUACCCCUGGGACUGGGACGGGGGCGGGGGAGGGGAUGGUGGUUGACUAG